CCGUUGGCUCCCGCUCUGCGCGGCCGUUGCGCCCCGAGCCGCUGUCGCCGCUGUCGCCGCUCAGUUGGUGACAUGGCUCGGUCGCUGGCGCUCCUGCUCCUGCUGCCCGUCCUCCUCGCCGGGCUCCUCUCGUGUCCCGGAGCCAUGGCCAGCUACCCGCCCGACUGCUCCCAGUAUGGGAAGUACAUGUGUCCAAGGGACUACCACCCAGUCUGUGGCACUGACGGACAGACCUACGGAAACGAGUGUGUGCUCUGCCUUGCUAACAGGGAAGAUCAUACGCAUAUAGAAAUUGCCCGAAAGGGACAAUGCUGAUACGACAGAUGACUGCUUUUCAAGAAAAUAAGAGGGUCACAGACAAUCCAAAUGGAAACAAUGCCUUAAGUGUACCUUCUGUGCAGCCUGUCUUAAUAAACAAACUUGCAUAUUUAAA